CGCUCAUGCAAGUCAAAAAACGAAACUCUUCUGCAUUGCAGUGCGGAAAAUUAUCUCUAACUACCUCUCCAAAUCAUGGCAGACGAGAAACCUAAUCUUGCGGAGGUCUCGGAUUUUGAUUCCUCCAAACUUAAACAUGUGAAGACCGUGGAAAAGAAUACUCUUCCAUCCAGCGAAACUGUGAAACAGGAGCUUCAGCCCGACGAGUUUCCAGAUCGUUCAGAAGUGAAGAAUUUCGACCAGUCAAAAUUGAAGAAAGCCCACACUGAGGAAAAGAACCCACUCCCUUCGAAAGAGACAAUCGCUGAGGAACAGCGCACUGCCCCGUUCUCUGGGGUGGAAGUUUUCAAUAAGGAUCUACUAAAACACGUGGAAACUACAGAAAAGAAACCUCCACUUCCAACACCCCAAGAGCUUCGUGAAGAGAUGCGGCCUGAAAAACUCCCAGAUGUUUCUGAGGUGGCAAAGUUUGAUGCAUCAAAACUGAAACAUGUUGAUACAAAGGAAAGCAAUGUUCUCCCCACCAAAGAAGUUAUCGCAGAGGAAUCUGUUGAAUCAAGAGCUGAAGUGAAGAGUUUUGACAAAGGUGCUCUGAAACAUGUGGAGACCGAUGAAAAGAAGUAUCUACCCACUGCGCAAGAUCUCACUGCAGAGAGAAUGCCCCCUCCAUCCAAACGGCCAGACCGUUCAGAGGUGCUACAGUUUGACCAAAAUAAGUUGCAACAUGUGCCUAUCACAGAAAAAGUUGUUCUGCCGACUCAACAAGACAUUCAUGACGAAACUGUAAGUUCCAGAGCAGAAGUUAAAUCAUUUGACAAGAGUCAAUUGAAACAUGUUGAAACCAAAGAGGAUAAUACAUUACCUGGAGCAGGAGAUAUCCGAGCAGAGCUGAUGCCUGAUGUACUGCCUGAUCGUUCAGAAGUAACAAAGUUUGAUCAGUCAAAGCUUAAACAUGUGAACACCACAGAGAAAGUACUGCUUCCAUCACAAGAUGACAUCAAGGUGGAAACGAUUGAGUCACGAGCAGAAGUUAAGACUUUUGAUCACAGCAAGCUCAAGCACGUAGAGACAAAUGAAAAAGUAACAUUACCAGGAGUUGGAGACAUUGUGGCAGAAUUGAGGCCAAACGAACUUCCCGACCGCUCGGCUGUGGCAUCGUUUGAUCAGUCCAAACUGAAACAUGUCGAGACCCAGCAGAAGGAAGUUUUACCGACAAAAUCAGUAAUCGAAGAAGAGAAGACCAACUCCAGAGCUGAAGUUAAAUCAUUUGACAAGUCGAAACUGAAGCAUGUUGAAACAGAAGAGAAAAACCCAACGCCCACUGCACAAACGUUGAGAGAGGAAUUGAUCCCAGACAAGUUACCUGACAAAGCAGCAGAGUUAAAGGAAAUUGAAGGAUUUGAUGUGUCAAAGAAACUGAAACAUGUUGAAACUCAGGACAAGACCCAUCUUCCUACCAAGGAAGAGAUCAACGAAGAAGCAACCGAGACAAGAGCUGAAGUGAAAACCUUUGACCAGUCUAAGCUGAAGCACGUCGAACCUCAGGAGAAAAAUACACUUCCUAAACAAUCAGACAUUCAAGAGGAGAAAGCAGCUUCCUGAAGAGUGAUCCUCAGUAAUUCGUACCCAGUGCACCGUAGCUGGACUAUGUUCACGGUCAAAGCGGAACACUAUGGACAAUUCAAUUACAGGAACUUUUCUAGCUCACCCUUUUAUAGUGGAAAUUCUGAUAUAUUCUGCAUAAUAUCUUGGUCUCGGUUUAUAUAUGCGCUAAUUAGUGAAGACUUUUGUAUAACAGAGACAUUUUCCAAGGAGAUAAAUAAAUUUGUAAGUCAGAGUAGCUUCAAUUAUGAUUAAAUUGUUACGAGGUAAA